AUGGCCGACGACGAGGACAUGAACUUCCACGACGCCAGCGAACACCUAGAAGAAGAAGAUCACGCCAUGGCAUCCACAAACGAUGACGCCAUGAUGACAUUCAUGUCUGCCACUGACGCUUCCCCCGAACAAGCACGAAAUUACUUGAUGUAUGCAGACAACAACAUCGAAACAGCCGUAUCCCUUUUCUUUGAAACUGGGGGUGACCUAUCACCUGGAAAUCCAACUGCUUCUACAUCGACUCCUACUCCAGCACUCGGUGUAUCUGGAACCAGUAUACCGAUCCCGCGUGAUGUGCCGGUACAGAGGAACCAGGAGAUUGGUGACGAGUUUCGGCAGCAUUUGUCGCAACAAGGUGGUGACGGGUAUCGGGCACCGAUUGCACCGACGAGACAGGUGCUUAAUGAGGUUGAGUAUGAUGAAGAGUUUGAAGCAAUGAGACACAGAGCACGCCAGCAACUCCGGACCGUACUACCAGGAGCACUGCCAGGUGGAUCGUCGCAUCAGUUUGUGGAACCCUUUCGUGAUUUUGAGAGGGAGGGGGUGCUUGGAAGGGGUGGUGGAUCAGCGAAUGAUGGAGCUCCGAGAUUGUCUGAUUUGUAUGCUCCACCGCACGAUAUGAUGUACAGAUCGGGACUCAAGAGUGCACGAGAAAAAGCAACAAAUGAAAAGAAAUGGAUUAUGAUUACAGUGCAAGAUGGUGGUGAAUUCUUGUCUGUUGUUCAGAAUAAGGAUUUAUGGAAGGAUGAAUCCGUCAAGGAGAUUGUCAAAUCAAACUUUAUUUUCAUACUGCAUAUGGCAAACACUCAACCUGGGCAAGAACACAAAUCGUACUAUCCAUUCGACAAGUAUCCGUAUAUUGCGAUUAUUGAUCCACUAACAGGUGAACGAGUCAAGCAAUGGAGCAAGAAACUGACACCAGAAGAAUUUAUUAUGGAUAUUAUGGACUUUCUGGACAGUGGUCCUGUUGUUGCUACCAAGCCAAAAAAGAAGAAGAAGGAAAUCAGCGAACUGUCCGAAGAAGAACAACUCGAAGCAGCCAUACGAGCUUCAAUGGGUCAAUCAGCCAUGGACGAAUCAGAAGAUGCCGAUGAAGAGGGAUCAGACGCAUCAUCACCACCACAACCAACGAAUGGAAAGGAGACAUCAGUUUUAACAACGGCAGUCAAGAAGGAAGAUGUCAAGGCUGAAGGGCCUGCUAAAGUCAAGAGUGAGGGAACGAGUGAUGAUGGGGGUGCAUCUCUUUAUAACAGCAUAAAACCACGAGUACGAGAAGAACCUACCACUGGUGACAUUACGAGGAUACAGAUUCGAGGGCCAGAUGGAAGGCCAGUCGUUCGCAAAUUCGUCAAGACGGAUUUGGUGCGCUAUAUAUUCGAGUUUGUCAAGGCAUCUGUGCCUGGUGGAGAUCGGCCAUUUGAGCUCUUCAACGUCCGAGUCCCACUCAGCAAGCACAUGGACUCCACCCUUCAAGAAACAAACUGUAUAGCUUGUAGUCUUACCAUGGACUACCAAUGA